UGGUUGCAAUGACUAACCUCUAAAAAAUUUAUUUAAAGAUUUAAAAAGGCGAUAAUUAAUAACAAUAUAAAAGUAUACAAUUAUCGUUCUAUCCUGACGAACUGCAAAUCCUAGAAAGCAAUGUCUUCCGGUUUAGAUACUUUUGUUAACCAUACUGUUUCAAUCAUAACAUCAGAUGGUAGAAAUUUCAUUGGUACUCUGAAAGGCUUCGAUCAAACAAUAAACAUAAUUUUGGACGAAUCUCAUGAACGAGUAUACUCUACUUCUUCAGGGGUUGAACAAGUAAUGCUUGGACUACAUAUCAUAAGAGGUGAUAAUGUGGCGAUCAUUGGAUUGAUAGAUGAAGAUAUAGACAAUCGACUGAACUUUGCCAAUAUAAAAGCAGAACCUCUUAAUGCAGUGGUGCAUUAAUUUAAAAGUUUCAGAUAUUUUGGUGAUUUCUGAACUUGUACGAUUAGAUUAAAAGAAAUGAGAAGAAA